AUGUGUGACGGCGCCCUGUUGUCUCCUCUUGUCCUGCCGCUGCUAUUGCUCCUACUGCUGGUUUGGGGACCGGACCCGGGCUCAGCUGGCGGCGAUGCGCUGACCGACGUGGAGGUGGUGCGCCCCCGGCGGGUGCGCCCCGACCAAGUGCCCCUGCCGCCCCUGCCCAGCGCGCCGGGGUCCCCGCGAAGGCGACGAGCCCGCGCCGCCCCCACGUCCCCGCCGACACAGCCGGGAGAGCGUGCCCUGCUGCUGCACCUGCCAGCCUUCGGGCGCGACUUGUACCUGCAACUGCGCCGCGACCUGCGCUUCCUGUCCGGGGGCUUCCAGGUGGAGGAGGCCGGGGCUGCCCGACCCCAGGGCCGGCCCGCCGAGCGGUGCUUUUACUCGGGCCACGUGCUCGGCCAUCCUGGCUCCAUCGCCUCCCUCAGCGCCUGUGGUGACGCCGGUGGCCUGGUUGGCCUCAUUCAGUUUGGGCAAGAACAGGUGCUAAUCCAGCCGCUUAAUGAUUCCCGGGGCCCCUUCCAUGGACGAGAGCAUCUGGCCAGGCGCACAUGGUCCCCAGCACCCAGACCUUCUGCAGAGGCACAGGUCUCUGGGCAGCCCUGCCAGGUUCUGACAGAAAAUAAGAAGUCAAGGAGGGACAGUUCUUCAUGGGACUGGCGAGAACGGAGGAAUGCCAUCCGUCUCACCCAUGAGUACACGGUGGAGACCUUGGUGGUAGCAGAUGCCAAUAUGGUCCAGUACCACGGGGCAGAGGCAGCCCAGAGGUUCAUCCUUACCGUCAUGAACAUGGUAUACAAUAUGUUUCAGCACCAGAGUCUUGGAAUUAAAGUUAACAUUCAAGUUAGCAAGCUUGUCCUGCUGCAGCAGCGUCCUGCCAAAUUGUCCAUUGGGCACCAUGGUGAGCGGUCCCUGGAGAGCUUCUGUCGCUGGCAGAAUGAGGAAUACGGAGGAGCACUGUACCUGGGUAGCAACCAUGUUCCAGGUGGGAAGGAUGAUACACCCCCUGUGGAUGCAGCUGUCUUUGUGACCAGGACUGAUUUCUGUGUUCAUAAAGAUGAGCCGUGUGACACUGUGGGAAUUGCUUACUUAGGAGGUGUGUGCAGCGCUAAGAGGAAAUGUGUGCUUGCUGAAGACAAUGGUCUCAAUUUGGCAUUCACCAUCGCUCAUGAGCUGGGCCACAAUCUGGGGAUGAACCAUGACGAUGACCACUCGUCCUGCGCUGGGAAGUCCCACAUCAUGUCAGGAGAGUGGGUGAAAGGCCGCAACCCCAGUGAUCUCUCCUGGUCCUCCUGCAGUAGAGACGACCUGGACGACUUCCUCAAGUCAAAAGUCAGCACCUGUUUGCUGGUCACAGACCGCAGGAGUCAGCACUCGGUUCGCCUCCCUCACAAGCUGCCAGGCAUGCACUAUAGCGCCAAUGAGCAGUGCCAGAUCCUGUUUGGCAUCAAUGCCACCUUCUGCAGAAACAUGGAGCAUCUCAUGUGUGCCGGUCUGUGGUGCCUGGUUGAAGGCGAUUCGUCAUGCAAGACCAAGUUGGACCCUCCCCUGGAUGGCACUGAGUGUGGGGCAGACAAGUGGUGCCGAGCCGGAGAGUGUGUUAGCAAGACACCCAUUCCGGAGCAUGUGGACGGAGACUGGAGCCAGUGGGGUGCCUGGAGCAUGUGCAGCCGAACGUGUGGCACAGGAGCCCGCUUCCGGCAGAGAAAAUGUGACAACCCCCCCCCUGGGCCUGGAGGAGCACACUGCUUGGGAACCAGCGUGGAACACACAGCCUGUGAGAACCUGCCCUGCCCCAAGGGACUGCCCAGCUUCCGGGACCAACAGUGCCAGACCCAUGACCGGCUGAGCAGCAAGAGGAAGGGCCUGCUCACUGCAGUGGUGGUUGAUGAUAAGCCCUGUGAACUCUACUGCUUACCUCUCGGCAAGGAGGCCCCACUGCUGGUGGCUGACAGGGUCCUGGAUGGCACCCCCUGCGGGCCCUACGAGACAGACCUCUGCGUGCACGGCAAGUGCCAGAAAAUAGGCUGUGAUGGCAUCAUUGGGUCGGCCGCCAAAGAAGACCGAUGUGGGGUCUGCAGCGGGGAUGGGAAGACGUGUCGUGUAGUCAAGGGGGACUUCAACCACACCCAGGGCUCUGGCUAUAUUGAAGCUGCUGUCAUUCCUGCAGGGGCUCGGAGGAUACGCGUGGUUGAAGAUAAACCUGCCCACAGUUUUUUGGCUCUUAAAGACUCCAGUAAGAGAUCCAUCAACAGUGACUGGAAGAUCGAGCUCCCUGGAGAGUUUCAGAUAGCUGGCACGACUGUCCGCUACGUUAGAAGGGGCCUGUGGGAAAAAAUCUCUGCCAAGGGACCAACCACAGUCCCGCUGCAUCUGAUGGUGUUGUUAUUUCAUGACCAGAAUUAUGGAAUUCAUUACGAAUACACGGUUCCCGUAAACUAUACUGCAGAAAAUGAAAGUGAACCAGAAAAGCCCCAGGACUCGCUGUUCAUCUGGACCCACAGUGGCUGGGAAGGAUGCAGCACGCAGUGUGGAGGAGGGGAACGCCGAACCAUUGUGUCUUGUACACGGAUCAUUAACAAGACCAUGACCCUGGUGAAUGAUAGCGACUGCUCUCCAGCAAGCCGCCCCGAGCCCCAGGUCCGAAGGUGCAACUCACACCCAUGCCAGUCACGGUGGGCAGCAGGGCCAUGGAGCCCUUGCUCGGCGACCUGUGAAAAAGGCAUUCAGCACCGGAAGGUGACCUGUAUGUACCAGCUGCAGAAUGGCACCCACAUCACCACACGGCCCCUCUACUGCUCAGGCCCUCAGCCAACACCUUUACAGAGCUGUGAAGGCCAGGACUGCCUAUCCAUCUGGGAGGCAUCAGAGUGGUCACAGUGUUCUGCCAACUGUGGUAACGGGACCCAAAAACGAAAUGUGACAUGCAGCAACACACAAGGAAACUGUGAUGCCGCCAGGAGGCCCAGAGCUGAGGAGGCGUGCCAAGACUACUCCGGCUGCUAUGAGUGGAAGACAGGGGACUGGUCGAAGUGCUCGUCCACCUGUGGGAAGGGCCUGCAGUCCCGAGUGGUGCAGUGCAUGCAUAAGGUCACCGGGCGCCACGGCAGCGAGUGCCCCACCUUCGCCAAGCCCAUCCCCUACAGACAGUGCCACCAGGAGGCCUGCAAUGACAAGAUCAACGUGAACACCAUCACCUCCCCUCGCCUUGCUGCCUUGACCUACAAAUGUACACGGGACCAGUGGACUGUAUAUUGCCGGGUCAUCCGGGAGAAGAAUCUCUGCCAAGAUAUGAGGUGGUACCAGCGCUGCUGCCAGACGUGCAGGGACUUCUAUGCCAGCAGGAUGCACCCACCUCAGCAGCCACAGCCCAGCUCGUGAUGUGCUGCCCAGCCACCCAACACCUGGCACAGCUUCGAGGCCCAGCGCCCAGCAGGUGCCAGCAGCAUGGCUUGCCGGAAGCUCACCCACUCAUCCAUUCAAAAGCACACUGACUCUCUGCCAGUCCUCCCGCAGCACAGUGCCCCUACCCACAGGCGAUCCCGCGGCAUGGAACUGUAGAGCAGACUUGACAUUUGCCAAUUACGUUUCAAUUUAAUAUAUUACUAAUGGUCCUAUAGAUGGCUUUCUAUGGUAAGGGGGGAAAAUGGUCACAAAUCACAGAGAAUUUGUUUCUAAGGUUUUGUGUUUUCCUUAAAGGAAAACACCUCUGGACAACCGUAUCGAAGAGAAAGAGACAUCAUACAGGUCUUCCGUCUUGGUGGCCGUAGAGAGAUGAAUCCCUAGUGCUUAGGUCAUUUGAGGGUCAUUCCUCUGUGGUACACUAAGAGGCUUAUUCAGAGGGAAGGGCUGAUGUCAGCCACCUGGAGAAGGAGCCACCACCUCUCUUCAUCUGCCUUCCUGGCUGCACAAAAAAGCAGGGCUCCGCCCUCCACCCGACUCUGAAAGCAGUCUUCUUUAAGGCCUCGGCCUCGCCUUGAGAGUUUGAAUCUGGGUCGGCCAAUUGGACAGCAGUGCCAUAGGCCUCUCCAAGCUGUCUAUGGGGUGGGGAGAGGAUUCAGGAAAGGUUUGGGAUUGCAGAUCUCUGCUGUCCAUCUUAUUCGGAACAGAAGUUUCUCAAGGUGCUAAGAUAUGUGAAGACAGAUGCCAAUUGGUGGAGAAGAAUUGCUUCCUGGCAUAAGAAUUAAAUUAGGACAGUGUUGUCAGUGGGGCAUGGGAUGCCCCCACCCUCCUCUAAUCUAGUAGUACUUUGCACAGCAUCACAUCCCAGUGCCUUCUCAUUGGCCUUAUUCAUUUACCUAAAAUUGAAUUGUCCAACCGCGGGAUCUACAUAGUAAUGCACCACUGUUUCAUCCAGGCAAUCGGGUAGGCCUCCUCUUCCAGGGUCAUGGAGGGGCCCCCAGGCUGGGCUGGCGACUAGCCUGCCAAGCCAUCAUGUAAACCAGACCUUGGGUUCCCCAUGGUCACCAUGGCUGUUAUUACUACCCCAUCUUCCAGGUGAAGCAAGAAGGAUGCCCAGGGAGGACAAAGAAGGCCUUUCCCUCCCGAAGUCUCCUCGCCGCUCUCGACAGUGCUGCCCGCCCCCAAAGGCUAAUCGAGAUGAGGAGGUGGACUCUGGGAGAACACAGAAGAUGAUGGGGCCUCGCUGCCCGAGGGCCAGGCCAGCCUGGAAGCAGGGACUCCCAGUGCCAUGCCUGCCAUCUUCAUGGGUAUUUCAGGGGUGCUUGUGUUGGGGGGCUUUACCAGGAGGAAAAGUUCUCUAUGUCAGACCCUAGGCUGAGACCCUUGGUGCGAUCUCUGAGUCCUUCCUGGUUUACUGGUGCUCUGUUUAUGUUCGUGUUUGUUUGGUUUUUGUUUUAUGUCAGAACUUUAAGGAUAGCUUAAAUCAGAAGGAGAAACAACAACAAAACCCCUCUCUGCCUUCUCCCUGCCUCGGGGGCUAUAUUUUUGUUGGGGAUUUUGAUUCCCCACAGGCAGAGACAUGGGAGGAUGUCCAAGUAUUCACUUGGAAUCAACAAAAAGCUGUGAGAAAACCCCUUAGGUGCUCCGUGGAGAGAACUGAGAGUUUUCAGGAAACCAGUGGUGUAACCUCACAGUACAAUGCCAGCAGUGACCCCAGGCCUGGGCCCACCCUGUGCUCUGAGGCAGCCACCAUCAGACUUCCCCAAACUCCCUUUCCACAAACCCAUUAUAUCCCUCGGGUGCUGGGUUGCAAUUGUUUGCCAGCUCUAAACUAGCUGUUCCUUCAACACAUACACACGUACACAAAACAAAAACCAACACUACCUUGAUUCCUACUCCUUGAGACCCGACAGGCCAGAAUUGAACUGAUCCGUGGAGCUCGCUCCAAGACUAACAUCUUUACAAAAGCAGAUGGUCUCCCAAAGCUGAUGUCUUCCUGUUGGGAGACAAAGAAUCAAGUUGGAAUGGUUGGGCACGUGCCUCAUGCUCACCUGCUCCCCAGCCACGUAAUCAGAUGGGUGUGCAGAGUGGACUAAUACUUUGGAAUCCCACCUGCUCCUUAGCCAUCCUGACAGGGUCAGCUGACCUCCCUGGGCUGAGUUCCACACCAUCAGAAUGUCAGUCCCGUUCCGUUAAUGCUAAACACCUCUGGCGCUAAGCCUUCUGUAUUUCUGAGCUUUUGAACUGGUCUUAGCAAUCUUGUCCUGAAAGUCACCAGCCCUCUUUGAUGGAUGUGGGCAGAGCCAUUGUGACACUUCCAUGUCCCUUUGCACAGAGAGCUCUGUGACUGCAACAGGGGUGUCUGUCUCGGAGACAAUACUCUGUACUGUUACUCAAGUACUGUACCGUUUGGAUGCACAUAUGGGUUAACUGCCGAGUCUCAUGAUCUUAUGGUGCUAUUUUUACUGGUGCAAAAGAAACUUCUAGGUUUGCCCAUAUCCUGAUAUGCACAGAAUACAGGGAAAGCACCUCAGUGGCAGUCAAAUCACCACUUUCUGUUGAUUUGUUUCAGAGUCAAUGUAUAUAAUUGCUACUAGUUACCAUACACUAUGUACUGUACCCCAGGUAUUUCAAUUUUACUGUUUGGUGCUGGUUUUGAAAGGAAAAAAAUAAAGAACAGAAGACAAUA